UGACGCUUUCUGCGCACUUGCGCACUACGUUGUAGAUUAUACAACUUCUUGCUGAUCUCCUAAUCUGUUUCCACGUUGUACUGUAUAUUGAAUAAGGGUUUUAGUAACAAUGUCAGCAGGCGUGCACGUUUUGUUGGCUUUUCUUCUCUGCAUUGCUUUGGCGAAUACUGACAUUUUUGACAAUGUGUUGGUGGACAUGUCCUACGAUCACUAUGCCGAGAAGACAGCGGAUCAGCUUCCUGCCUUCCUGGCCAUGCCAUUUAACUGUCUCGUGAACGUAGGUUACAUCAUCGUUGGUGUUUACUGGCUAAGCCGGAAGAUGGAUAAUCCCCGCGCGGCUUACACGAAGGACGUGUUCGCGUGGAUGGCCCUGGCGUACGGACCGGUGCAGUGGACGCGCCUGGCCACCUUGCGCCGCGCUCCGUGCGUCCUGGACCAGUGGUUCACGCUGCCCAUAUUCGCCUGGGUGCCGGUUUGGUGUCGGGUCAUUACGCACGGCUGGUCCACACGUUACGCUCUGGCUGUGGAGCUGUGCUCUGUGGCGAGCUACGCGCUGGCGCUGCUACAUGAGCGCGGGUUCGAGGUAGCGCUCGGUGCUCACAUCGCUGUGGCGCUGCUGCAAGCCGCCGGGGCUCAGCGCGCCUUCGGGGACUCGGCGUCUCGGCGCUACUUCAUCCAAGCCGCGCUCUUCUGUGCGGGAUUCGUGCUUUUAAAACUACUAGACCACGAACUGGCCAAAUAUCGUCUCUUUCAAACUCUCACUGGACACUUUUGGUCCAAAGUGUGUGACAUUCUGCAGUUCCACUACAGUUUCUGUUUUCUUACGCACCUUACGCAAAUUGCGCACAAACGAAAGUCGUAAAUCAGACGUUUUACCCCGACCAGGACAAAGUGGCCAGUAGAAGGAAAAACUGUACAUUGAAUUUGUAAUUAUUAUUUUAAUUAUAUAAAGAUUCAAUAUUUUUAUCGUAGACAUGUUUCAAUGUGUUUACUAUGAAUUGUUGAUUACUCAUACUAUAUUGCAGGAAGCAGCUCAAACUGCUAUAAUGUAAGUUAAACAAACAAAAAAGUUGCCAUUUCAGAAGAGUCAAAUUAUUUUCCUGCAUUAAACAAAGAAAACAACUAA